AUGGUCAACUCCUGUUGUGGCUCCAGUUGCUGCAAGCCCUGCUGCUGCAUCUCCAGCUGCUGUCGUCCCUCCUGCUGUGGUUCUAGUUGCUGUGGCUCCAGCUGCUGCCAACCCACCUGCUGCCAGACCACAUGCUGCAGAACCACUUGCUGCCACCCCAGCUGCUGUGUAUCCAGCUGCUGCCGCCCUGCCUGCUGCAUUUCUAGCUGCUGCCACCCCUCCUCCUGUGGAUCCAGCUGCUGUGGCUCUAACUGCUGCCGCCCCUCCUGUUGCUGUCCCUCCUGCUGCCUGCGCCCAUGCUGUGAAGAAACAUGCUGCUGCCCUUCCAGCUGUGAUUCCAGCUGCUGCAGGCCCAGCUGCUGCAUCUCUAGCUGCUGCCGCCCCACCUGCUGCCAGACCACCUGCUGCAGGACCACCUGCUGCCGCCCCAGCUGCUGUGUGUCCAGCUGCUGCCAGCCCUCCUGCUGUGGUUCCAGCUGCUGUGGCUCCAGCUGCUGCCGCCCUGCCUGCUGCAUUUCUAGCUGCUGCCACCCCUCCUGCUGUGGAUCCAGCUGCUGCCGCCCCUCCUGCUGCUGCCCCUCCUGCUGCCUGCGCCCAGUCUGUGGCCAGGUCUCCUGCCACACCACUUGCUAUCGCCCCACCUGUGUCAUCUCCACCUGCUCCCGCCCCAUGUGCUGUGCCUCCUCCUGCUGCUGAGCCCCUUCCCUAAACCCACCCUCUCCCUUCAUUGGGUUCAUCAUAGCAACAGACUCCAUACACCAUAUGGAUACCUUGGAGGUGGCCAUUCCCAGCAACUAUGUGUCUACAUCCCAGCCUCAGGCCAAACUCUCACCUUUUCCUCAAGUGGGCCUAGAAUAUGAAAUUAGGUGAUAUUCAUAGAAAGAAAUUACUAGAAUUGCCCAAAUUCUAUUUCUGACCUUUUGAUUUCUGGGCACCACGUCACCCUGCCCCAAACACAGAAAUUCCAGCAGAGCCUGCAAGGGCACUACUGUCACAGCCUCAAAUCCAAAAGUCUGUGUUCCUUUUAUAGGAAGAUUUCCGUAUCUUAUUGCUACUUUUGAAUAA